AUGUAAAAUUAUAUGGUUUUGUUCGUUGCACAGGAGGAUGAAAAAUGACUUGAGAACCAUGCUUCAAGGAGUUAUUGGUAAAUCUCGUGGUCAACUGGUUCAAAUUUUGUAUCCAAAGUGUAACCAGCAGCUAGAUUCAUGGGAAUGUGGCUUCUAUGUGAUGUGUUGGAUUAAGACCAUCAUUCGAGCUGUCAUUACAGAUGACUGGAAUGAGCGCUUCAAGAGUACAUCGCCUAUUCCAGAGGACACAAUUAAACAGAUAAGGCAGGAGUGGACCGCUUAUCUUCUGCAAAGAUGGACUUCUCUACCUCAGAUUGCUGUUAACACUCGGCAAGUGUAA